AUGGAUACCUGGGUCUUGUGGUUCUUGCUCUUGCAAAGUGUAGUCCAGUACCCACAGCGUGUGGGGGAUGGCUUGGACGAGGUGACACAUCUGAGAAUGGAGGCGAGUGCCAAGCUGCAGGAAGAGGAGAAGAUUCGUCUGGAGCUGGAGGUGGAACAGCUGGCCCUGAAGCAGGAUGUCUGGGCCUGGGGAGACCUGCUCUGCUCUGCCUUGCAGCUCUGGCAGCUCUGGGCUGGUGCUGGGCUCCUGCUGCUUCUCUUGGCCCUGUGUUAUGGGUGCAGGAAAAGGAGCUCAAGGAGAGCGGAGCAUCAAGAAGCAAAUGAUGGUGCAAAUGGAGAGAUCAGAAAUGUGGAUGCAAAUGAAGAAGGUGCUGUAAAUGAAGAAGUUGAUGUUGGAAAUGAAGGAGAAGAAGGUGAAGACAACGGUGUGAAUGGGGAGGAAAACAACAAUGACGCUGGCAAUGCCCAGGAAGUUGACAACGUUGCAGCAAACGAAGAAGGUGAUGUUGGCAACGAGGUUGGCAAUGAGGUUGCAAUUGCAGCAAACAACAAUGAUGUUGGAAAUGAAGUUAACUUCCAUGAUCACGCUGAUAACAUUGGAAGAAUUGUAAUACAGCGCAUCCAGUGGCCUGUGCAGGACCUGCAGAGAGGGUGUGACUGGACAAAUCUCCUCAUGGAAAAUUAUGCAUUUUACUUUCAACGUGUCUUGUCCGACAGCUUCUAUCCAGUCCUGAAACGAGCCAUUGGGGUGGGCAGUGCCUUUGAAGGUUGGAGUCCCCGUGAGCAGGACGUUGUGUACCAGGUGCUGGUACCCAUGACUCCUCCUCGAGGGCACAGCUUCCACCUGGAGCUGGAGAGUGCAGGGCAGAUGCACGUCAGGAACUUCCGCAUCCGCGUGCAGCAGGAGUGCACCUGCGGCACAGGGCGGCGGGGUAAGAACAGGCUGUGCUUCCUGCACCACCCCAAGGAGGAGCUGAGGAGCAAGCAGGAUCCCAGCCUUGUUGACACGCUGUGCACCGACUCCUACCUGGACGUGCACAAAACUGCCCGCUGGUUCUACCAGCUGGUGAGAGCAAUCUGGCCAGCUUUGCCUCAGUCCCACAACUGGCACUUAAUGCCGCUGCCCUCCAGACGCUCCUGCCAAUUCAAGGUGACCAAAGGCACAGAAAGCUUCCACAUUGAGAUCCUCUUUGGGGUGCGGCAAGGCGACUCAGACGUCUUUGUAAGCAGCCAGCCUAGGGAAGCCUACACGUCAAGGACAGUCUGGCCGGAGACCUACGCCGUGGCAGAGAUGAAGUUCUUCAAGUACAUUGCCAGGCGGGCCCCUCGUGACAGCUUGCACCUCAAAUGCCUGCAGUUCUUCAUCCGCCUGCAGCUGGGCUUAGGCUUUUCCACCUAUGCCACCAAGACCAUUUUCAUGCACCUCCUGAGCAUCAUACCUGCGCAUGAGUGGCGCAGGAGACAUUUUGUGAGGCGGCUGCUGGACAUCAGCGAGAGCCUGCGCACAUGUGUGCAAGCGAGAUGCCUCAGUCACUUCAUUGUGGGCAACCGGAGGCUUCCUUUGGAGAUCCGUUUGCCCCCAGAUGUCCUCAUGGCCAGCCCAUGCAAUCUCUUCCAUGACCUGGAGAUGGAUCCCGUUGCCCACUCCCAGGCCAUGAGUCAGUACGUGGAUCUGCACCGGUGGCUCAAACGGAUCCUUAACAAUGAGCAGUGA